UUUUUUAAACACUAGCAAAAACAAAAUGUUAUAAAUUUCACAAGACAGCGGACCAAAGUGGGAAUACCUGGAUUGUACAGAUGGAUACGACAUGCUUGGUGUCUUUCUUGUGUAUGAUUCGAUCUGUUUUUCUGAUAUUGUGUCUACCGUUGUUGGCCACAUCUCAUUUUCCUUCCCAGAAUGCAACAGUGUUUUUGGGAUCUGAUUUAAUUCGGGAAGCUUUACGGAGAGCUAAAGAGCUGACAGACGCCGCAUACGCGCACACCAAUGAGAGGGUGAAGACGUCUGUAUCUGAUGGUUCUGUCCGGCCCAAUGACCUGCUGGCUUUGUUCAAACAGACUGGACCCAAAACCAGAACCCUCAUCAGAUCUGCAGAGUUUCUGGACAACACAGUGGAACUGAUCAGAGAGAUGGUGUACACACACACCAUGGACAAACCCAAGCUCACCGAGCAUUUGAGUACAAACGACAUGGAGACCAUCUUACAGGUCACAGGCUGCUCCUCAGAAACCCUGAGACCUGUGUGUAAAUCUGACUGUCUGUCCAAACGAUACCGUACCAUCACAGGACAUUGUAACAACAGAAAGAACCCUCUAUGGGGUGCAGCAAAUACACCUUACGCUCGCUGGCUCUCACCAGAGUAUGAAGACCACCGAGGGGCACCCAGGGGCUGGAACCCACAACACAUCUACCAUAACUACACCCUACCACCUGUUCGCAGUGUGUCACAAGAGGUUUUAUACACUCAUAAUGAAAACAUCUCAUUGGACACGUCUCUUUCUCAUCUGCUGGUGGAGUGGGGUCAAUGGAUCGAUCACGAUCUGACGUUGACACCUCAAAGCCCCAGCACUGCAGCCUUUAAGACCGGAGCGGACUGCACGCGGACCUGUAGCCGGGACACACCCUGUUUUCCAAUACAGAUUCCUCCUUCUGACCCCCGAACAGGCACUCAAAACUGCAUGCCGUUUUUCCGCUCUGCUCCCAGUUGUACGGGCGGAUCGGUCCCGUUCGGUCACCGGGAGCAGCUUAACGCCAUCACGGCAUUUGUGGACGCAAGCAUGGUGUACGGGAGCUCGGACGCACUCGCCGCCGCUCUGCGAAACCUCUCGUCCCCUAUCGGCCUGCUCGCCGUCAACCAGCUCCACUCGGACCGGGGCCUGGGCUUCAUGCCUUAUCUGAACCGCACACAGCCUCACUUGGACCCGUGCGGCCCACGAGAGCGGGGCGGCUCCAUCCUGUCACCAGAUACAGUGGAGAAUCUGGACGUAUCCAUCGGGAAUAAAUCCUUCUGUUUCCAAGCAGGUGACUCUCGGGUCAAUGAACACUUGGGUAUGAUCGCUCUUCACACACUCUUUCUGAGAGAACACAAUCGAUUGGCUGAGGAGCUUCAUAAGAUCAACCCUCAUUGGAGCCCUGACACGCUGUACCAGGAAGCCAGGAAAAUAGUGGGAGCGGUCCACCAGGUCCUGACAUGGGAUCACUAUUUGCCGCACAUCCUGGGCCGCAGCGCUAACAUGGUCCUCAUGCCUCCCUACAAGGGUUACGACCAAAACGUUGACCCCAGCAUCUCCAAUGUGUUCUCCACCGCUGCCUUCCGCUUCGCACACGUGACGGUGCAUCCCGUCGUGAACCGCCUCGGACCCGAUUACCGGUCGAACCCCGAGUACCCGGCUUUGCCAUUACACCAUUCCCUAUUUGCAUCCUGGAGGGUGGUGCACGAGGGUGGUGUAGACCCUGUGUUGCGCGGUUUGUUCUUGUCCUCGGCGAAACUGCAGACGGCGGAUCAGAUGAUGAUUGAAGAACUUACAGAGAGGCUUUUCCAGGCUCAGGGUGGUCUACCACUCGACCUGGGGGCACUAAACUUGCAGAGGGGACGAGAUCAUGGUCUACAAGGUUACAGCGCAUGGCGAGAACUCUGUGGUCUGUCUGUUCCUGUGAAUGAGACUGAUUUUGCAGGGAUUGUGGGUAAUGAAGUCCUGGCCAAGAAGUUGCUGCGUCUGUACGGAACAGUCGAGAACAUAGACGUGUGGGUUGGUGCCAUCUCAGAGCCGGCUCUGCCCGGGGGUCGCGUGGGGCCGCUGCUGGCCUGUCUGAUCGCUAAACAGUUUAAAGCACUUAGAGAUGGAGACAGGUUCUGGUGGCAAAAUGAAGGAGUAUUUCGUUCAUCUCAGAGAGACGCUCUUCAUACCGUAUCUCUGUCUCGCAUCAUCUGUGACAACACUCAAAUCCGUCUGGUGCCCUCUGACCCCUUCGCUCGAACACUUCACCCCGAUGACCUGCUGCCAUGCACAGACUCGCGCAUCGGUCCUCUCAUGAACCUCUCGGCGUGGAGAGAACCAGAUGCAGACUCCAUCUGUGGGACGAUUCCACGACUGCGUCUGGGUUAUUCAGUGAUGUGUGAGACUGCUGUCGUCUAUCAGUGUCCCGCGGGUUACCUGCUGCAUGGAGCCAGUGAGAUCACCUGUGACCCCAAAACACGCCAGUGGACCCCCCAACCACCCACAUGCCUGGAUAUGGAUGAGUGUUCAUCUCAGUCGGCUGUUUGCCCUUCAGACCUGCAGUGUGUCAACACACCUGGAUCAUACAUCUGCACAGAGCCUGUUGCCCCGCCCCUAUCUGCGUCCUCCAUUGUUGCAUCAGUGAUGUCAGUUCUGGGGGGCGUGGCUUUGAUUGCACUUAUCCUCAUCGGCUACCAAAGAUUUUUCCUCUGGAAAGCUGAGCCGGCGAACCCAAAAUGCUGUCAGAGGAGAAGCUGAAGCUGGUUUGGAAAAUCUCUCAAAGAUCUUUGUUUAUGUAGCCACAAUCUCCAGAAUUUAAACCAAACACUGGACUGGCAAGAAAAAAACUUACAAACUUACAGAGCACUCCUCGUGAUCUCCACCGCUGUUUUAUGUGUAAGCUUUUGUCUCUUGUACUUUUCCUUCGGCUGCAAAACAUGUGAUGUCACAUCAGCUGAUCCACAAAUAUCAUUUGCUGUUUUAGCUGUUAAGAAAUCAUGUGUUGAUGUUUAUUUGUUAAUAUGUAUGUAUCUUAUAUAUUUAUACUGCUUAAGAUGAGGUGCAUGUGCGAAUAAUAAAUGUGGUCAUUCUGAUCUGCCAAUAGAAUCCAAGAUUGAGCUGUGACAUCACACACAUGAUACUCAAUCAAUGUUUCACUAUGCUCCAAUUUUAGCACUGCAAAAAUCAUAUAAGUGCCAAUCUUUUGGGCUCAUGUAAUCCUAUAUACAGUACAUAAAUGAGCAUUCCAGUGCUUUUUUAAUAAAUGAUAAUGAUUUCAUAAUUUAUUAUAAACACACCACAAGGUUCACUCUUUCCCAUUAAUCAAACAUUCACACAAAUUUAUAUUCAAAUGUCUUUUAUAGAUUGAAACCACAUAUAGAGUCACUUACAAUGGCACUGUUGUGAAUGAGAACAAGGCUGCGGGUGUCA